GUGCUUUGCUUCUGAUGCGUUCUGGGACUAAGAAAGCGCGAUCUCCCUGGUUACGUCACAGUCAGAUCUUCAGAUCGAAAGUCAUUCGAAACUUGUCGCUUGCAGCUUCAAUAAGUUUGAUCUUAUACUUUCACUUUCAGCUUCAAUUCGUUCGCAUACGUGUACUGCAGCUGGGUCGUACCGUGUAUUGAUUAAUAUUAGAAGGUUUCAAUAGACCUCAAAACAUGGGGCACUUAGUGACUGUAGCAACGUGAGAUCAUGUUCCUAUCGGACAGAACCCGUUCUAAUGUGUUUGCUUCACAGUUGUUCCCUCAACCAAUGGGCUCUAGAUUUCGAAGGUAACCUCGAGCGUAUUCUUACCAGCAUAAGGAUCGCAAAAGAGCGAGGAGCAACACUACGCGUUGGGCCUGAGCUAGAGAUUCCGUAUGUUAUAGUGACAGAUCACGUUGCUGCUUGGUAUUUAUCGUUAAAUAGAGGAUACGGCUGUUUAGACCACUUCCUUGAAGGCGAUACAUGUUUGCAUUCAUGGGAGGUCCUGGCGAAAAUCCUUACCUCGGAAGAAGCGCAAGGAAUUGUGUGUGAUGUUGGAAUGCCAGUCAUGCACAAGAACGUCAUCUACAACUGUCGAAUUAUCAUCCAUGAUGGACAGAUCCUCUUGAUCCGGCCAAAAAUGUGGAUGGCAAACAGCGGAAAUUAUCGUGAAUUACGAUACUUCACUCCGUGGAUGAAGCACCGUGAAGCCGAAGACCACUAUUUGCCUCGGAUAAUCAAAGCAAUUACUGGUCAGGUCAAAGUUCCGUUCGGAGAUGCCGUCGUUAGCACCAUAGAUACGUGCAUUGGGGUUGAAUUGUGCGAAGAAUUAUUCACCCCUUCUAGCCCUCAUAUUCUGAUGGGAUUGGAUGGCGUCGAGAUAUUCACAAACUCUAGCGGAAGUCACCAUGAACUGCGAAAACUUUUCACUCGAGUUGAAUUGAUCAAGGAAGCUACCAUGAAGCUGGGUGGCAUCUAUCUAUACGCAAACCAACAAGGCUGCGAUGGUGACAGAUUGUACUACGAUGGUUGUGCCAUGAUCGCUGUCAAUGGACGGAUUGUGGCACAGGGAUCCCAAUUCUCUCUUCAAGACGUUGAAGUUGUGACAGCAACCGUCGACCUCGAGGACGUCCGUGCUUUCAGGGCUGUCAGCAGCAGGAGUAUGCAAGCUGCUGGGGCAAGCCGUUAUCAACGUAUUGAAGUUGAUUUCGCGCUUUCGGAAGAGGAUGAUACCAACUCAGUCAAAGACGUCAGUGAGCUGGUCGUCAAGAAUUAUGAUAUUCGGUAUCACAGACCUGAGGAAGAAAUCGCUUUGGGUCCUGCAUGUUGGCUAUGGGAUUACUUGCGACGUUCCCGCACGCAAGGAUAUUUCUUACCUCUGAGUGGAGGCAUCGACAGUUGUGCCACUGCGGUAAUUGUUCAUUCCAUGUGUCGUCUGGUAGCAGAAUCUGCUCUUAGAGGAGAUCAAGCAGUCAUAUGGGACGCGAGACGUGUAGCCGGCGAACCUGAGAACUCAACAUACGUUCCUUCUGACCCAAAAGACUUCGCUAACAGGAUCUUUCAUACUUGUUAUAUGGGCACGGAAAACUCCAGUGAAGAAACUAGAAGACGCGCCAAGGAGCUGGCUCAAGCCAUUGGCAGUUACCACACUGACUUGAAUAUGGACUCGAUUGUUACAGCAGUCCGAAACCUCUUCUCCUUCGUGACGGGAGCGAAGCCUCAGUUCCGAGCCCAUGGUGGAUCGCCUGCGGAGAACCUUGCUUUACAGAACAUUCAGGCGAGGCUGAGGAUGGUCCUGGCAUACCUGUUUGCCCAGCUCCUACCAUGGGUUCGUGGCAGGAGUGGUGGACUGUUAGUGCUUGGUAGCGCGAAUGUUGAUGAAAGCUUGCGAGGAUACUUAACGAAAUACGACAACUCUUCAGCCGAUAUCAAUCCCAUUGGUGCAAUCAGUAAGACCGACCUGAAGAAGUUCAUCGCAUACGCAAAGGACUCUUUUGAUCUGCCGAUAUUAACUCAGUUCUUGGACGCUGUUCCGACCGCUGAACUUGAGCCGAUCACAGAGACUUAUGUCCAGGCGGAUGAGGCGGACAUGGGUAUGACCUAUGACGAACUCUCAAUAUUCGGUAGACUACGUAAGGUGGAGAAAUGCGGACCUUACAGCAUGUUCACGAAGCUCGUACAUGAAUGGGGCUCGUUCUUAUCGCCGACACAAGUGGCGGAGAAAGUCAAGCUUUUCUUCUUCGAGUAUGCCAGGAAUAGGCAUAAGAUGACAACAUUGACACCCUCCUAUCAUGCAGAACAAUACAGCCCGGACGACAACAGAUUUGACUUGCGGCCCUUCCUCUACCCUUCCAGGUUCCCAUGGCAGUUCAAAAAGAUCGACGCUCUUGCAACUUCCCUUCCAGACAGGUCGACUAUGCAUCCUCGGGAAGCGAAAGAGAAGAUAUAAUAAAUCAAUAGAUUAAGAGGGUAUAUCGAGGUGUGCGAAUAUAAGAAGACAGAAGUCCUUGUGUACCGUAGAGAACCAAAGAUGUAGAGUCCAAUGGAAGAACCAAUGAUUGAG